CAACAGCUUGAACCAAAUCCCUUUUGUGUGUGUCAACACAUUUGGUUAAUAAACCUGAUUCUGAUAAUAAGAUAAUAAGCUCGUGGUUUGAACGUGACCGGGUGUAGCCGCCGGAGACGCGCAUGCGCACUUGCUUGCGCUGAUGUGGGCGCCUUACUUGCGUGGCCUUUGAACUCCAUUGUUGUGUCGCGGGUGACGUCAGCGCCGUGUGCGCGAGGAGGCUGGCAGGCGGAGAGCGGCGUCGCGUGCGCCUGGCUAGACAAAGGCGGCGGAGUCCAGGCAGCGCGCGAGACGAGACGCGGCGAGACCAGACGCUGCUCUCUCCUGCUGUGUGUGUUUUGUGUGUGUAUUUAUUUUUAAAGGGGGGAAUUUCUACUUUCAUGGAGAUGUAAAGAAUCGCGCCGGACGCGUAGCUCUCGAGUCAUGGGAAAGUAGAGAUUUCCCCGCUGCGUCUUCGCUCCGGCGUCUGCCUGUUUCUUUUAGAACCACAAAUUUCUCUGAACGCCCCCCAAAUUAGCACACUCGGCUAACACCGUGUAGCCAGGACUUCAGUAUUCCUUCUCCAAGGAGCGGAAGCCAAACAGAAAAGAAAAAAAAAACAGUUUCCCGUCCCGUCUGAUGUGUGUCCGUGGGCAGCAUGCCUAGCCCCUUGUUCCACCCAGAGAUCAUGGACCACGACGUGGUAGUGAGCGCGCAACAGACCGGAGUCGCGCUGCCGGGAGAUCCGGAACCAGAGGCCCGGGACGAGGGACACCAGGAAGCCCUGCGCUUCGCCAUCGAUCAGUUCUCUCUCAUGGCGCUGGACAAAGUGGAUUCUGUAGACGGAACCACGACGGGCAACGGGUCCGAGAACGGCAGCGGCGGAGGAAUCGGAGGAGGAGGCUACGUGGACCUGUCUCUGCUGGAUCAUCCGGGCGGCUCCCGCGGCUCGCCCUCGUCCUGUUCCCCGUCUCCGGAAUACUACGGCACGGGCGGCUACCACAUGGCCGCGCACACACACCCUGUCCUGGGAGACCAGAGUGGCGCGCUGUGCAACCGCAAGAGGAGCGUCAACAUGACCGAGUGUGUGCCUGUGCCCAGUUCUGAACAUGUCGCCGAGAUUGUUGGGAGACAAGGUUGUAAGAUCAAAGCCCUCAGAGCCAAGACGAACACUUACAUCAAGACCCCGGUGAGAGGAGAGGAACCCGUGUUUAUAGUGACAGGCCGCCGGGAGGAUGUGGAAAUGGCUAAGCGCGAGAUCAUCUCUGCAGCUGAUCACUUCUCUAUGAUUCGUGCAUCUCGCUGCAAAGCCGGAGGAGGUGGCGGAUCUUUACCCGGACCGCCACACCUUCCAGGCCAGACUACCAUCCAAGUGCGUGUGCCUUACCGCGUUGUAGGGCUGGUGGUGGGGCCUAAAGGGGCCACGAUCAAGCGCAUCCAGCAGCAGACUCACACGUACAUUGUGACACCAAGCCGAGAGAAGGAUCCCGUGUUUGAAGUGACGGGAAUGCCAGAGAAUGUUGAUCGGGCACGGGAGGAGAUUGAAACGCACAUAACGCUGCGCACCGGCGCCUUCGUCGACUUACAGGGCCACAACGACUUUCACACCAACGGCACCGAUGUUAGCCUCGAAGGCCUUGGUUCGCUGGGGCUUGGGAGCGCGCUGUGGGGGCGCGGAAGCAGCUCUGGUCACCAUACUGCACCCCCACCUCCUCCACCACCACCUCCUCUCCCUCUUUCCAUCCACCACUCAGGCCGCAAGCUCUCCUCAGCAUCCUAUCACAACGGCGGCCUGGCUUCUGAGACGUACCCGACCAGUCGCAGACCCACAGACAGCGCAAGUCCUACCAGUCCAUUCAGCACAGGCAGUGGUGGCGGCGGCGGCACCUUUACCUUCAGCAACGACCCUGCACCUGGCAUUGCACCCACUGCUGAUGAGCUUGGCUUUGAAUUCGGCAGCAGCAACAUCUGGGCACCACUGGCAAACGGCAACAAGCAGACUCAGCCUCUCCGGCGCAACAGUAGUGGUCUGAGUGGAGGCACGGUCACGCCACGGCUCUCACCCACUUUGCCAGGUGACAGCUCAGCGCUGGAGCACCCACUAGCACGGCGGGCACAAAGUGACCCUCUAAGUGCACUCUCCUGGCUUCACACGGGUUCGUCAUUCUCAGGGGGAAGCAGCAGCAGCAGCGGUGGCAGCACCACGGGCUACUCCUCCUGCUCAGCGUCUUCGCUGCCCGGUGGCUCGCCGACCGACUCCGAGGGUGGUGGCAGCGUGGGGGCCGGAUCCGGCAUGCUGGGCCGUUUAAAGGCUACCACCCUGAGCAGCAUGAUUUCGGGCGGCGGCAACAGGGACUGCUUCGUCUGUUUCGAGAGCGAAGUCACAGCCGCUCUUGUACCCUGUGGCCACAAUCUGUUCUGCAUGGACUGCGCAGGGCAAAUCUGCCAGUCACCAGAGCCCGAGUGCCCUGUGUGCCACACCCCAGCAACGCAGUGCAUUCGCAUUUUCUCUUAAUGGCACACAUUCACCGGGGUGCUGUUGUCCCCAGCCCUGAAGAACAAACCCCACUAAUUUAGAAAGUCUACAGUAAACUAUAUGGAGAGAGGAAGAUGUGUACCCUGCCUACAUAGGAUUGAUAAUAUUUACUAUAUUAAAUAUGACACUAUUCUGAUGUUGAUUUAUUAUUAAUAAUAAUAACUAUGAUGAUAAUGUCCAUAUUAUAAAUGACUCGUGUACUUAUCCAAGGCUGUGGAAUCAGCAGGUCAGCAGUGUACUUUAUUUUUUUCCCCUUUGAGAUGGACGAGGAGGCUAGAAACCAGUGUCUUUAUAUAUCUGUAGGCAUUAAUUUGAUCUACCGCCGAUGAGUCUGUCCAUGUGUUAUACAUUCCCCCCUCCUCUUCAUUCUUGCUUUUGAGCAGGCUAUUUUUUUGCUUGAGACUUUUUCUACUUGCAGAUAUUUUCCGAUUUAAGCUGCAUAGGUCUGCACUUUUUUCUAAGGGUUCAUUUUGAGAACUUUGAGAGGGACGGGAAAUGCAGUCUGUUUUUAAUCCCGCACGUUUUGCAGUUUCCGUUUGUUUCAAGAGAAAAUUAAACGUGCGAGACUGCGGGGCCUGCACACUCGUCAGACCAAAAUAGUACAGAAUUAUGUUUUUUUUUUUUUUUUUUUUUAUAUAUAUUAUCGAUGAAGAAUAAAACACUUAAUAUUUAUUCAAGUUAAGAGUUGAUAUCCAGCAUAAUGGUUAAUGUUCAAUAUUAUGUAGGUAGAUAGAGUAGUUAAUGUUGCAUAAGAAAUAUCAUAAUGCUAAGAGGUCGGCGUUCCGCCCGUCUUUGUCUCGCAAUCUUAAAACACUUCUACUCCUGUCCAGAAGAGGGCGCUGUAUACCCUCACACUAGAACACACUGUUCCUGAGGACUUUACCCAGGGUUGGACACGCCAUAUACACUUCAAUAUCAGACACACACACUUUUGUAUUUACUUCUCUGAUCAAAUAAGUUCAGGUUUGUUCAUUCCAGUUUCGUUUCCCAUCCCGGUGGGGACCCACUACAGCACCAUAGAUACGGCGGAGUCGCCUUUCACUCCACGGACAACUUUUAUCUGUUACACUUUUAUUGUUCUUUUAGGAAUUCUUUUUAAACUUCGCGUUCUUGUAGUUGGAACAGGACGGAUAUGUCCUCCUUCAACUUCGCGCUGUUCUGAAUUACUGAAUUCUAGCAUAGAUAGGACGUAACUUUGCAAGAAUGUUUCUUCUUUCUCUGGAUGUGUGUGUGUUUUUGGAGGAGCAAAAGGUGAAGAGUGGGAAUUUUUUUUUUAUUAUUUUUGAACUUUUGGUGGACCGUUGUAAAUCCAUCCCACCUUUGUGCACUGCGACACAUUGCAAUGUUCUUUCGGUCUCUGGCCAGCCUGGAGAAACGUCGGUCUUCCGCCCUUUCCACAAGGCCUUGCUCUUAAUUCAAGGGCGAAGGUUCUUUGCUGUAAUCCACCCUAGAGCUCAGACCCAUUUCCAUGUUUUGCCUCUUGCUGUUUUUUUGUGCUUUAGUCGGAUAAAAAGUUUGCACCAGUAGCCCAGUGAAUAGCUUAUUAUUUGUAUUAUUAUUUUGUUCCCUCGCGACAAGCCAUGACGACACCGUACAGUCAAAAAGGGCUUCCUGUGACAAUUCAGGUCUCUUUCAGUUACAAUAACCAGGAUUGAGAACCAAUCAGAACCUGGCAGCUAUGUUCACCCAGGGCUUCCAUUCACUCUGUGCUACAUGUCCGAGAGCCGCAGACGAGGUUUAGACGUAGGGUCGCAGUCCCGAGCUUAGAACCGACGCUUAGAAGCGGUGGCUUUGGAAAAAAAACCCUGGCGCCGAGGUUAAAAGGUCGGAGGUCAGAUAUUUUUUUUAUAGUUCUGGUUUAGAUGGUUUUAUCUGUGUUGUCCAUCAGUUUCAGCAGUCAGGCGUGUACGAAAGCCAAGCCUCAAAAAUGGUCCUUCAUUUCUCCCAUGUACCUUUUGGAAGAGUCUUUUCCCCUAUGCCCCCUUCCCCUCUUCAUCUACGGGUACAUGAAUACAGGAUGUUGUCAAACAACUCUGUAUUAUCGGUUCCCUUUCGGUUCAGAUUUCGAGAGCAUUCGGUGCCUUCGUGGUGCAGAUCACUACUGAUGUUCAGUCUGUUUCUGAAGCGCCUGCCCUAGUUAUAGUGCGAGACUGUGUUCGUAACAGGGAUCCAUCCGCGUCGUGGUCUUAGUCAUUUUAUUUCCCUUGCUGUUUCUCGGUUGCAGAAUGUUACAGAAAUAAAACGAGGGAACAAAAACAGGUUUUAAGUAUUUAUAUGAGCCUGUGCAGCAUCUUUUCGGACUGAGGGUAGCAAGUUCAGUUUUCCAGAUAUUUUGGGGACAUCACUUGAAAGGGGUUUUCUUCCGGAGAUGUGCAGUAGCAGAAUUGGUUUUAAGGUACAGAAUUAGCUUCAUGUCAGUAGCGUGCUGUAAACGUCCCUUACGAGAACGUGCGGUCGCCUGAAGCUCCAGGUGUCGGUCACUCAGCGAGGAUUGAACUCAAUCCGUCACUCCGGACCUGGACACAGACGGUGCCGACUCGAGAUGGGAGAUUAGAUAGUGUGUAGCCCCUUCUUAACCCUCAUUCCCUCUUCCUAAGGUUUAUAAACAGGGUUUACUGAGGAAAGCUCGCAAGGGAGAUCUGAUCUCGGGCAUCGGACUGGCACCAAGCUGCCACACUCCCAUAGAUCAUUUGGCCCUGUAACUCUACUCUUCUCUUCUUUAGUGUUUUUUUUUUUUUGUUUUGUUUUUUUUUGGGGUUGCUUUUAAUUCUUUUAUACGCAAAACCAAAAGUCGUUUCAGUAACCAGGUUUUGGGCCUGACUGUAAAUACCCUGAAAAACAAUCAUUGGGAUUUUUUUUCCAGCCGUAAAAAAAAAAAAAAACUAAGUUUAGUAGUUUUUAAAACAUUAUUAUUUGUAAGUGAACUAUCUGCAUGUCUUGAAGCCAUCAGGCAUUAGCUAAUAAUUUUUCUAAAAGGUUAAAAAAAGAAAAUGGGACAAAAAAAAGGAGAAACUUUUUACACAUUUUAUUUUUACAAUUUAUUUGCUUACUUUUAACCUAAAUAUCCCAGAUUAUAAUGUGACCCUUUUAUUACUGCAAAUUUAUCUUUAUUUUCCAUAUUUCUGUUUUUUCCUGUGUAAAACAUAUAGGCAAUUUAUAACAAAAUGAGAAAAAUUAUUGAAGAAAAUUUAAAAUCGAAAUAUAUUUUAUUUGAAAGUUUAUGGACCUUUUAACCGCGAGUCGGAACAAUUGUAUACGCGUUACAUUUUGAACUGACUUGACGGUUAUAAGAAAUGUAUCAAGAGUUUUAUUUUUUAUGCUUCUUUAAUAAAAUCUUGUUUUUUGUUUUCUUUUUUUACUGUAAAACAAUAAACCUCAGUGUCUUGGUGCUUUUCAUUUAGGUUACUGUAGGACCGCGCGAAGGCUUUCGGUAUGAGGAAUCGGGGUUCAGCCAGAGGAGGCAGUGUUUUAUGGGCAGUUCUCCGAAUGCGAGAUUGCUUCGAGUCUUAUGAAACUCACAAAACACAACUUUAAUAAAGGUGUUUGUGUUAAAGUGCACCGUGGGACAUGGAACUGUUCGCAGUUUCUCGUUGGAAUUCUGGUAUAAAACCUUUUCUUUUUUUUGACAUUGGAACUGCAGUCUUAAAUGUGACCCCUAGGAGGCACUAAAACCCAUUAAACACUAGCACUAUAUACACUAUACUGUACACUUGUGCCUGGCAUGGCCUGCAUAUAUAAAUAUAUGAAAUGUACAUUAAAUUACUCUGUUCCAAAAAUGUGUGUGCAGACGAGGUAGUUGCCUUGCACUUACUUAAUCAGCUUAAAGAUGACAAAUACAAUAAGUAGUGCUCUUACCUUUUGUUGAGGAUUUAGCUACCGGGGGAACCGAGACCAUUUCUCAGAAACCACAUCUCCAGCGUAUUUAAUUAACCAGUACACACAGAGACUUGCUUUUGUCUUUUGUUUCAAUCACAAACUCAUGGAAGAAAUAGUUAUGGCUUCUGUGACCACAUUUUAUUUUUUCCACAUGUUGAAAAUUGGAUUUAGUUGAUUUUUCUUAUUGUUGAAUGCAAACAGCAUCAAUAAAUUGCAGUGUUUUCUUUCUUCA